UCCAAAGAUCACAGGAAAGUGAUGGAAAUUUAAUUUUAGGUAUUUUGUAAAAAAAACAUAAUGUAAAAUGACGAGUCGCAGAAAUCGUCAUGUCCCUGAACUGAAUGGAUUCGUGAAAUCGGGAUUUGAAGAAGUCAGGGAUGUUUUCAGGCAGCUCUUGGAAAAUGCCACAGAGCGAGCUGGUAGUUUUGCUGCGUAUUACCGUGGGGAGCUGGUUGUCAACCUGUGGGCAGGACACACGGACCAGGAGGCUCUCAGACCGUGGAAGGAAGACACACUCAGCUUUUUCUUCUCCACUACGAAAAGUGCAUCGGCCAUCGUUAUCGCUCACCUAGUAGACAGAGGUUUAAUCAAUUAUGAAGAUAAGGUAGCUCAACACUGGCCAGAGUUUGCUCAAAAUGGAAAGGAGGAGAUAACUCUAAAAAUGCUUCUCAGUCAUCAGGGUGGACUUGCAGCACUGGAUGAGGAUUAUUGCUUGUCCUGGCUCAGAGAUGACCCGGUCAGGUUAACCAAGCUGUUGACCAAUCAAAGACCAUUGUGGAAACCAGGUACUAAACAUGGUUACCAUCCAAUUACUGUCGGACUUUAUCUCGAUCAGAUUGUACGACGGGUUGACAAAAAACAUCGCAGUUUGUCUGAGUAUUUUAAAGAAGAGAUUGCUGAGCCUUUUGGUAUAGACUUCCACAUCGGCCUGCCAAAAAAGGACCAGUACCGCACGGCUCGUCUAAUGUGGGCCAAUGAGAGAAUGAGGGAAUACUACCGUAACACAGGAGAUAACUUCCGAGGUGAUCCCACCAUCUUUGGGCUCACUUUGAGGAACGUCAGAGACUGGAAACGAAUGAUGGUAAUGCACGACCCAGAUUUCAUGGAGCUGCCUUGCGCUUCCUCUCACGGACUAGGCACAGCUGAAUCCGUCGCCAAACUGCACGGUAUCCUUGGUAACGGAGGCACCAAGCUGGGCCAGAGGAUUCUGUCACAGCACGUGACGGAACUCCUGCAGACGCCGGUGUCGUGGGGGCUGGACGUGGUGUACGGACUGGAGGAUGUUUACAGCGUGGGAAUGAAUCUCCUCCCUGUCAUGGAGGACGAGCAGCUGUACUACAUGUUUGGGUUUGGCGGUAUUGGGGGUCAGUUCGGAGCGGCAGACACUAAGUACCGUGUCGGGUGGGCGUACGUGACCACGCACCUCGACCUCAAUGCCAGCAGACACCAGCAGCAGCCGAGGUGGGCAGGACUUGUCGAUGCCCUCUACCGUGGCAUUCACGCAAUCGAGAAUAUCAAGGUCACAAGAAAGGUGUACAGAUCAUUCUCAGAAUUCAAGAUGCCACCGCCAAGAAGCAAGCUAUGAAGAAAAUUAUUCAUAGUUUAUUUAAGAAUUUACCAUAGGUAUUUUUCUUUUGGUGCAAAAACAUAUUUCUAUGUAUUGCAAAAAUAAUUUAAAACAAUUAUAUGUACAUUGUUUCGGAGUUUGACUGUAUAUUUGGCUAUUUCUUGUUCCAACCAGUGCACCACAACUGGUAUAUCAAAGGCUGUGUCAUGUGCUAUCC